AUGUCGGCUCAGCUCGCCUCCAGCCUGAGGCUGCAGCUGGGUCGUGCAGGCAGAUCUGCCACCGGUUCUCCCCUGAACCAGACCUUCAAGCGCGCCGCCGGAAUGACCGUCCGAGAAGCUGAACGGCGAGCAGCAGUGGCACAGGAAAACCAAGCCAUCGCACGACAACUCACGCGACCUUGGAAAGCGGGCGACGUAUACGCCCCUCACGAUCUGAGUGCUGCUGAAGCUCGCAAAUGGAGAGUCAAACAUCGACCCACGACUGACGCGUUUGAUGCACUAUCCGUCAAUCCCCUCAGCUUGUACAAAGUGAGCUUGCAACCUCAAGGGCGUGGCAUGCUGAUGCUAAGCCUUCCCUAG